AUGAGGCAGAUUCAACUCAUUCGUGUGUGUGCCCCAGGGUCAGGGCCUGGUAGCGUGUAUCUGGUGGGCACCGGUCCUGGUGAUCCAUUGUUGCUAACACUGCGGGCUGUUCAGCUGAUGCAGAGCGCAGAUGUCGUUCUGUAUGACCGGCUUGUGUCUCACGACAUCCUGCGGCUUGUACAUGCGGGAGCCAACAUGAUCUAUGUGGGAAAGGAGGCAGGGCUGCACACUCGGUCACAGGACGAGAUUCAUGCCCUGCUUUGCCAAUUUGCGGAGAAGGGAUCCACAGUUCUGAGGCUGAAAGGUGGAGAUCCCUUCAUCUUUGGGCGAGGGGGUGAGGAGGCAGAGUACCUGCGUGAUCGUGGAAUAGCAGUGCACUGCGUGCCAGGGAUCACUGCUGCCUCUGGCAUCUGUGCCGACCUGGGCAUACCAAUGACGCACAGAGGCCUUGCCACCAGCGUCCGCUUCCUCACGGGCCACUCGAGGGAGGGCGGCGAAGAGGAGCUGGACGCCUCAAUGGACACCAUCACAGACGCGCACACAACCCUGGUCGUGUACAUGGGCUUGGGCACCCUGCCAAAGCUGGCGCAGCAGCUGCAGACGGCGGGGUGUGACUCUGGCAUGCCCGCUGUUGCCAUAGAGCGGGGUACCACACCAGAGCAGCGCACCGUCUUUGCGCCCUUGAGCAUGCUCGCCGCAGAUGUGGCCGCUGCCCGGCUGAAGUCACCCACGCUCAUCGUCAUUGGUGAAGUGGUUGCCCUCUCGCCUGGUUGGGCCCUACAGAGGUCCAGUGGAAGCAUGCUUGGCUUGGAACAUAGCCCAAAGUCAAUGCUUGCUGUGGAAGCUUAAAAGUUCAUCAAAUGCGCUGAGAUAUAAGGAUUAUGAACGAGUGGUGAGAUUGAUUCGAGCCACAUUUCAUGAUUUGUAUCACGCCUUGUUGUACAGGCCCUUCCGGGCAAUGUACUGUUUUCGUAAAGUUUUCACGAGACGCCUGCAGCGGGAGGUCCUCUGAGAAGUAUUUGUUUCAGUCAUGUUGUUCAAGUGGUGUCCGUGUAGCUGUCACAGUUAUGGUGAUUGGUUCAGCAUUUGGGAUCUCUGUUGUGUCUGAGACUCUGGCAGAAGAGUCUUGCAAACAAAGAGAAGAGAGACGCAAACUCUCUUCUAGAAAUGAAGGCAUCGCGGGCGCCAGUAUUGGAGAAAGGGCUGCAUCAAAACGUUGUUAAAUUUAAUAUUACAAUUGGAU